AUGACACGCAACGAGACCCAAUGCAUCUUUGAGGGCUGCGAUGUCCCGAGCCUCCCGCAAUCGACCAAGUGCUUCUUCCACAAGAACCGCAACGUCUGCUCCUUUGCGGGCUGCCGCAACCAGGUGUACGCGCGCAUGCUCUGCGUCGGCCACGGCGGCCGCAAGCCUUGCUCGUCGCCCGGCUGCUCGUCCAGCGCGCGCGUUGGUUCGUUCUGCUGCCGCCACGGCCCCAAGCCCAACCGCAAGCUCUGCACGUCGCCAGGGUGCCCCAACGUGCGCCACACGGGCGGCAAGUGCAUUCGCCACGGUGGCGGCCGCCGCUGCCGCAUGCAAGGCUGCGAGACCCACGCGCGGACCGGUGGCUACUGCUGGCGCCACCGCGUGCAGUCGUCGUCGUCGCAGGACGACACGGACGAAACGAGCAGCGUCGUGAGCAGCAGCUCGACGGCCGUCGAGCUCGACCCGCUCGCGCUGCUGUUAGCCGACGACUAUGAGAACGAAAUCCUCGACGACGCCGCGCUUGACUCGUACUUCGACUUGCUCUUGCAGUCGGACAGCGUUGGCAUUGCGGUCCAGCUCUAAAGCGAUCGCAUUGGCCUUGGAUAGUAGAAACGAUAGAAACCCUUAAUUAAACUCAACAAAGUGGCGUGCAACAAGACA